AAUCAACAAAUAUAUUUUAUAUAGCAUGGAGGGAAAUUCAUCUAGAGGGAAAAAAACCAUGCAAGAGAAGGAGGAAGUGAAAUACCGCGGCGUUCGUAGGCGGCCGUGGGGGAAAUUCGCGGCGGAGAUACGUGAUCCGACUACGAGGCCCGGUUCCCGACAGUGGCUCGGGACGUUCGACACGGCGGAGGAGGCAGCUAGGGCUUAUGAUAAGGCAGCAUUUAGCCUAAGAGGACAUCUUGCUACUCUAAAUUUUCCUAAUGAGUAUUAUAAUCAACUCUCUUGUCCUCCUUUAUAUUAUGGUAGCUCAAUUUCUUCAUCAACAAAUGUUACUACAAAUAAUAUUCCAAGAGGAAAAGGAAGUUCAUCAUCAUCAUCAACAACAACAAAUUAUAAAGCUAGGGAAAUUAUUGAACUUGAGUGUCUUGAUAAUAGUGUUCUUGAAGAACUUCUUGGUGUAGAAGAUCCAAAAAUUACAAAAAGAAAAUAA